UUCCUUUGCCUUGCCCUAAAAGCGGAAUCGAGCCAAGGGUUCGAUCGAACCUUUCACGCAAACAAAGCUCCCCCCUCAUACGCAGAUGAAUCCCGCGAUCUCUUCUUCCUCCCUAAGUUCUUGAUCAUGCUUCAAACCGGUCGCUCAAUCCUCCUUUCUCCUCCUUCCUCUUCGAGUCAUACAAGUUGGACAACCCACCUCCUCCUUUCUCGGCGAGUCACACGACAGGGAGAACCCUCCUUCCUCUUCCAGCUCUCAAUUGAGCUUCUAACAAACCGCAGGAGUUCUCCUUCCUCUUUUGCGACUCGGUUAGUGCACGAAUGCCUCUCCCUCCCUCUUCUUCGCUCGGAUAAGGCCGCUCGAGCCUUCUACAUGCGAAAAAAUACCGCACGAGAUCCCUCAUAUCUCUUUAGCUCAAAAACAACAUUCAGAAAAGAUGAGCUUCAUGAUUUCAUGGAGCUCCCGACGAUUGCUUUGUCACUGAGGACUUCAGACUUCCUUAUUAAUGUCACGUCAAGCACAUUGCUACGAGAAACAGUUCUACAGAUGCCCGCGGAGAAUCACUUCCGGUAGACAGACAAUCUGACAAAUUUCACUGCCGACAGUAAUCAGGAAUGGAUUGCAUCUCUGGAGGACGACGUAACUUGUAGCAUAUGCCGUUUGCAUUUUAAAAAUAACAUCAUAUUAUUAAAUGUAAUUUUAAUAAUUCUUUUUCUUUUUUAAGAAAUUUUAAUAUUCAUUGUUAAGUGAGGUGUAUGGGUUAA